AAGGUGACCUAACGGAUGGCGGGAGCGCCCGCCCGAUCCUCGGCGCGGGAACGGCCAUUGGUGACGCACGGCGGGGAGCACGGCGCCCACGUUUCCACCAUUACAUUAGCGAGGCCCCACACCCUGCGCUCUAAGUUCGGGGCUGCGGGCGUCCUCGCUUCCUCCCUCCCGGAGGCGGGCCCGACCCCGCCCCCGCGCCCCGGAUCGCUCCCGGCGGUCCCUCCCACCUCCUACCCUCGGCCUCCCCGGCGCGUCUCACUCCCCGCCGGCCGCAGCCCGACACGCCGUGCGGCCCCCCAGUCUCCCGCGGCCGCCUCCCCCAGGCAUGGCACAGGGCCUCGCCUCACUAUGGCAGCAGUACGGCACAGCACGCUCGACUUCAAGCUCGGCGCCAAAGCUGAUGGCGAGACCAUUCUAAAAGGCCUGCGGUCCAUUUUCCAGGAGCAAGGGAUGACAGAGUCGGUGCACAACUGGCAAGACCGCGGUUACCUAGCGACCUACAUCAACAAAAACGGCAGCUUUGCCAGUUUGAGAAUUUACCCACAUGGAUUGGUGUUGUUGGAUCUUCAGAGUUAUGACGGUGAUUCGCAAGGCCAAGAAGUUGACAGUCUCUUGAACAAAGUAGAAGAAAGAAUGAAAGAAUUGAGUCAGGACAGUGCUGUGCGGGUGAAGCGAUUACCACCCAUAAUUCGAGGAGGAGCUAUCGACAGAUACUGGCCCACUGCUGAUGGUCGCCUGGUUGAGUAUGACAUAGAUGAAGUGGUGUAUGAUGAAGAUUCACCUUAUCAGAACAUUAAAAUUCUACACUCAAAGCAAUUUGGAAAUAUUCUCAUCCUUAGUGGGGAUGUUAAUCUGGCAGAGAGUGAUUUGGCGUAUACCCAGGCCAUCAUGGGCAGUGGAAAAGAAGACUACAGUGGCAAAGACGUGCUGAUUCUUGGGGGUGGAGAUGGGGGCAUAUUAUGUGAAAUAGUCAAACUGAAACCAAAGAUGGUCACUAUGGUAGAGAUUGACCAAAUGGUGAUUGAUGGAUGUAAGAAAUACAUGCGAAAAACAUGUGGCAACGUCUUAGACAAUCUUAAAGGAGACUGCUAUCAGGUUCUAAUAGAAGACUGUAUUCCAGUACUGAAGAGGUACGCCAAAGAAGGGAGAGAGUUUGAUUAUGUGAUUAAUGAUUUGACAGCCGUUCCAAUCUCCACAUCUCCAGAAGAAGAUUCCACAUGGGAGUUUCUCAGACUGAUUCUUGACCUCUCAAUGAAAGUACUGAAACAGGAUGGGAAAUACUUUACACAGGGUAACUGUGUCAAUUUGACAGAAGCCUUGUCGCUCUAUGAAGAACAGCUCGGGCGCCUGUAUUGUCCUGUGGACUUCUCAAAGGAGAUCGUCUGUGUUCCUUCAUACUUGGAAUUGUGGGUAUUUUACACUGUUUGGAAGAAAGCUGGACCUUGAAGACCAGUCUCUCCUAAUCACAUGUGCUGCACAUGAUUUGACCUUCACAUGCUGUACAUGACAUCGAAAUGAGUCAGGCAAUUGAUUGUGAUUUCCUUCAAGUUUUCUUUUUUUGAUUAUUAUUUUUAAUUUAAACAAAGCAAAUGGAAAAUGUAUAUUUUGAUGCGCUAGGGUGUUAAUUUUUUCGAAAGUCAGCUGAAGGAUGAUUAGACAGCACAGCGAAGGCUGCUAAAUGCACUGAACCCCUAGAAUGUGAUUUUUGUUACUUUUGUGUGUGUGUGUGUGGGCUUUUUGUUUUUGUUUCGGUAGACUUUGAAUUUGGUUGUUUGGAGGAAUGAACAUCAUUGUUUUGUUCCGGAGGGAAGUUCUUGGAUGGUGUUUCUUUCCCCCAAAAUUGACUUAGCUAUUAAAAUUUGGUGCUUAUAAGAAAGAGUUAAGAAAAAAAAUGAAUAGCAAUGCUUCGAUUAAAAUUAUAAAUGAGAAAUUUCAUGUGUUUGUUGUUUUAUUUCAGCCAGGUCCCUACUUUCUCACUGCUGAUCUCACAGAACAAAGGUGUCUACUGGUCUUUUUUUAGUUCUAUUCUAUCACUCAGUGCCAUUUAUCUCUUUAUAACGGGAUGGCCUUUCGGCCUUUUUUGAACAGUAGUAAUGACUUCUUUUACCACCGUGGUAAAUGAUACACAACCUAUUACAUUCACCAGUUCUUCAUUAUAAAAUUGACCCGAAGAUAGGAAAAGAUUUGGCCUUACUGUAAAGUUGAAAGUCAGAAGCUUAUUUCUAUUCCCACUCUUAGUGGUGUAUUAGAUGUGGAAAUAAAGAUCAUUUUGGAUUGCUGCAGUGAAACUUUUUAAGAUUUUUAGAUGCACAGAGAUAGGAUGCUAGCUUGUGGAGAGACACGCAACAAGAGAGUGUAAACUCCCCUAAGGAAGGGCUUGGUGUAGUGUAUUCGUGGGUGGAGAUGUAACUGACUCCGAUUAGUAGACAUCACUGCUUAUAUUGUUUUCGUAAAAGGUUUAUGCUGUAUCAAGGGAUUGAGUUCAUUUAUGGUGAAUUUGCAGUAAGCAAAGCAUUAAAAAUGGAAAUAGUGUGUGUUUUGAGAUAGAAUUAGAGUCAACCCAGAACAUCCUUCUUCCCAAGAUAGGUUUGUCUGACAGAUGUUCUUUUUUUUUUAAUCAUUGUUUUCAUUUUUUUUAAGAUUUUAUUUUAUUUAUUUUUUGAAGAUUUUAUUUUUUAUUUGACAGAGACACAGCGAGAGAGGGAACACAAGCAGGGGGAGUGGGAGAGAGAGAAGCAGGCUCCCCACUGAGCAGGGAGCCUGAUGUGGGGCUCAAUCCCAGGACCCUGGGAUCAUGACCUGAGCCAAAGGCAGAAGCGUAACAACUGAGGCACCCAGGCGCCCCAGUGGGGUAUCUUUUGUUUGUUUGUUCAUUUAAAGAUUUUUUUUUUUAAGAUUUUAUUUAUUUGACAGAGAGGGAACACAAGCAGGGGGAGUGGGAGAGGGAGAAGCAGGGUCUCGGCUGAGCAGGGAGCCCGAUUCGGGGCUCGAUCCCAGGACCCUGGGAUCAUGACCUGAGCUGAAGGCAGACGCCUAACGACUGAGCCACCCAGGCGCCCCUAAGAUUUUAUUUUUAAGUAAUUUCCACCAACGUGGGGCUUGAACUCAUGACCCCAAGAUAAAGAAUUGCAUGCUCUACCUACUGAGGCAUCCAGGCGCCUCCCUAAUGGAUAUUCUUUAAAAAGUGAGUGCAUGCCGACUUUACUUUUUUACUGGAUUGGCAUGGGAGAAGAAACAGUAACAAUAAAGGGAGAGGCAGUCAUGUUGGAACUAGAUCGGCUUUCAGCAAAUAUUUUUCUUGUGCAUAGAGCUUAAAAGCAGCAUUGGUGGACAUUAAGAAUCCUACCUACCCCCUCAGACUCUUCUGUAAUGCUUUGCAAAGGCUUUGUUUUUGCCUACCGUGUGAGAUUCAAAAUGGUGGUAUUAUGACUGUUAGAACACCAUUUUAGCUUAACGAAAUUGGAUUUUUUUUUUUCCAUUUUAGAAAAGAAACUAAGUCUAUUUGCUGUCUGGAUAUGGUGUUACUAAUAUGUGGGGCAUAACUUUAUACUUGAAGGUGAGCUUGGUGCCAAGGCUCAAGCCAGUGCUGAGUCUAAUGACACACUCGUCCCGCCCAGAGCUGAGAGUUAGAACUGAGGUGGAGCAGGCUGGGCCAGACCAUAGAGGAUGCAUUUGGGAGAGAGUGAGGGGUGCGGUGUGGGAGCAAGAAGGAAACGAGAUACUUGUUGGGGGUGAUGUGGUAGAUUCCGACCCUGCUCAUUUUUUGUAUUGGAGAAAGGAUGAUGCCUGCUUGUUUUUGAACAUCUUUGUAACUGUUAAGGCAAACUGAACUGUGAUAGCUAAAAACAGCCUCUACUUUUGCUGCAUUUUAAGGAAAUGUAAUACGAUCUAAACCAUUAUUUUACUUUAAUGGCUGUUAUGCUUUAUAUGAUCUAUAUAUAAUCAAACAAUAGACCAUCUUAUCAUACAGCCAUUUUUUUAAUUAAAGACAAAUACUGGCUAUAAUAGAAAUUCCAUUCAACACAUGAGCAGAUAUCAAGAAUUGGUUUAUUUUUAAAAAUGCUGCUUUCUCCUACAAAUGUGAUUGAAUAUUUUAUGCAAUUUUUUUUUUUUUAAGUUGAGAGAGCAGAGAGAAUCACAGGCAGAUUCCCUGCUGAGUGCAGAGCCCAAUGUGGGGCUUGGUCCCAUGACCCUGAGAUCAUGACCUGAGCCCAGCUCAAAAGUCGGAUGCUCAACCGACUGAGCCACCCCGGCGGGCACCCCCUCCCCGGUUUUUAUUUUAUUAUUAUUAUUUUUAAAGAUUUUAUUUAUUUAUGUGACAGACACAGCGAGAGAGGGAACACAAGCUGGGAGAGUGAGAGAGGGAGAAGCAGGCUUCCUGCUGAGCAGGGAGCCCGAUGUGGGGCUCGAACCCAGGACCCUGAGAUCAUGACCUGAGCUGAAGGCAGAAGCUCAACGACUGAGCCACCCAGGCACAACCCCCCCCCCCCCCCCCCAGUUUUUAAAUGAAGUUUUUUUAUUUGAGCGAGCUUGGGGAAGGGCAGAGGGAGAGGGUGACUGAAUAUCUUAAAAACCCCAGUAAUGGUGGGCUGGAGGAAGGCUGGGUUAACUUUUUACUGGGCUAGAGCAGUGCUGAUGUCAAAAUAAAACGGUGCCUACUACUUCCGGUGCAGUUGAAUCAUCACCCCCUUGCUUGCGUUAACUAUUACUGAAUAGGAGUUUGCGUCUGUCUCAGAUGGAUGAAUUUUGUUCCGUUCCCAUGACUCCUGGGAUUGGGCACAGGAAGUGUGUGUGUGAGGUCACAUGUCCCUGACCUGUAUUUGAGCCUUGAGAGCAGCUCUCCUCAAAAUGUGGUCCUUCGGCCAGUUCUUGGUUUCUAAGCACUUUGUUUUACUUCAGCUGAAUUUCUUGUUCCUAGCAAGACCUUCUUCGAGAAGGAAGCUGUCUGCUGGUUGACACUACGGUUGUGCUCCUCACCCAGUCUGGAAUAACACUUGCUGUGACACUGUUCUAGACGCCGGUUGGGCGGCAUUGCUUGACGAUAGGAGCCGCUAUGUGGCCGUGAAGAAACACUCAGCCUCUUUCUAUCACCCUGUUGCUGUGUGUCUUUGUACUAAAUAAUCUUUUAUAUUGCUGUGCGUUGGGCUAACAAACCCCUUUUAUUUACAUUAUCUUGCACAGUUUGAAAAUAGCUUUGUGAAUUCAGUGUUCCUAUCACCGAGUGGGCCAGUAGUCAAGAUGUGAAAUGUGCCUCAGGGGUCCCACAGCUAGUCACGAUUUGACUCUGUGUUCCAGCAUUCCAAAUUGGCUAUCUGUAAGCCUACCACAGGGGUUCUUAACCUUUCUUUUUGUACCUUGGACUCCUUUGGCAGCUUGCUGAAACCUGUUUUUUAAUACAUAAAGUAGAUAUGAUUGAUGACGAGGAAACGAGUUAUAUUGCUUUUUAAAAAUUAAUGUCAGUAUUUGAGCUGUCAUAACUUCUUACAUAGCUGGAUCUUGUGGUGGAUCAGAUACCAUAUUUUGGGAGUAGUAAUGGACAUAAAUAUUUAUAAGACCUGCAGCAAGUGCAAUGUGGUUAAGAAUGCAUCUGAUUUCUCUUGUUGACAGAGUCCUAGUUACUGCCAGUACUAAUAUGGUUUGUUACCUACGUUCAUGCUUAAAGGAAGUGCUACAUCUCAGGUAGAGGUUAGUGCAAGUAAAGAUAGAAAUGUUUUGCCAUUCAAGUUUAGGGACACACAGUUCUGUCCAUAGGUCCCAGUUUAAGAACCUCUAGCCUGCGGUGUUUGCUUCCAUUGUUUGAUUGUGUUUAGGUGGUGGGGAGGGGUAGCUGGGUCCCUUCACCCUGCUGUCAGAACCUCAAAUGAGUGCUGGCAGAUCAGUUCCUCUCGGCCAGAACCAUUUAAAAUCUCAAUUACCUACUGCCGUCAUUCCACCGAUUUGUGCUUUACUCAUUAUUUCAAAAAUGAGAAAUAGAACAUGGGCAAGAAACAGCCCAGUGCUUUUGGAAAGCUUUUUGAAUACUCUCGGAUGUGAUUUCCCUGGGAAAUCAGAUGAUAAAUGUGACUGGACAGGUAAUGCUUAUCUCCUGUAUCUGGGGGUCUCGCAGACACCCUGGCCAGCUCAUUAAUGCAGACGCGGUCCCUGGGCAGCAGCCAGUGAUGUGGCCAUUUCAGUGAGCAGCGGCUUUAUGAUGAAGUAUCAGGGAACAGGCCCCUCUCUGUGCCAAUUUGCUCAGGAAUGUAGCAGAAGAAAUUAAAAGCAAGCUAAACAAGCCAGGUCUGUUUUGACAGAAGCCCUCCAAUAUCCAAAGAGGGAAGCCUGGAGGGUUGUCCCACCCCACUGGCUAGAGAUGAAAACCCAGGAUUAUAAAUACAGGCAACGGGCAGGUCUCCAUAGACAAGGGCUUUGACUCAGGUGUUAACUUAGGAGAGAUUGCCCCUGAUAGGUUGAUGAUUAUGUUGGUAAUUUAGGUUCUCCACUAAGGGAUUCGGACAGCUCUAAAUUCAUUGCAGAGGGACAGAAAUGCUCCUUGGGCUACAUUCCAUGUCUUCUACUUUCUAGACAACUCUGCCUUUGCCUGCGUUCGGUUGUGUGAGUUAAAUUUGAUAACACGAAAUUCCCCAUCCUCUCUCCCAGUGCUGAGGGGGAGCUUCUACCAACACGCCAUGUGCGGGCCCUUCACACUCAGUGUUUCUACUUUUUCCUCAAGGCAUAUUAAAUAUUCUUCAUUAUGUAUCAUCCACAUAUGUUUAAACGUUUAACGUCUGAAGAGACAGUGUGCCCUGGUGAGAAAGAAUACACCUCAGUAUGGGUUUUGACUGCCCUGUAAGAGCUGGAGGUUUUUAACUGAAGUCUGGGGGCAGAGGAGGCAAGUUCUUGAGGGCAAGUCUGGUUGACAGAUGGCGAGAAUGUACGCUCCAACGGCCAUGACCCGGUCCCUCUUGGUCACGUUUGUUUAACGCUUUGCACAUGUAGUAGGUACCUAGGAGGUUCAAGUGCGCCGUAAGAGGGAGUUCUUGGAAUUGCAUUUUCCAAGUGGGACAUGGAGGAAAUAGGCUGGUGUGAAGACAUUACACAGGGUUGGGUAUGUUCAAGAAGAAAAACAGAUACAGGGAGAAGUCCUUGCACCUUCACACAUAGAAGGAGCAAGAAUGUCCACCCUACCCAAGUGAGGGUACCGUCCCAGUAUGGGUGAAAGUGCUGUGUUGGCGAAAGGGGCCUUUCACUAGGGCUUGUGUCUUUUGGGCUCCUUGGUGCCCUAAAGGGCUGAAGAAGCACAGAAACUCAGGAAGGUGUACAGCAUUCAGACCGUAAAACUGAACAACGUGAGGAUCUGCGGCCAUUUUGGUGUCAGCCAUAUCUGUGAGUUUUCUUUUUUUUUUUUCCUCUUUGUGGUCCACUGUCAACUUACACUCUUGAAUGUCUCCGUCCUUGGUGACUCCCCACCCAUUAGGUGGAAUUCUUGUACCAGGCGUCUGCUUUGGGCCAUGGCUUGGGUCCCAGUGCUGGUCCAUGGAGACCAGGCAGCAAGGCCACAAGACAGCCUGGCCCUUGGCUUCCAGUGGAUAAAUCCAGAAGGGUUUGUGCACUAAAAUAGUUAAGAAUAGUAAUGAAUUACAAGCCAUUGAAAAAAAAAUUUAAGAGGGUAUAUGGAAAACAUGUACAAAUAAAUGAGGACACGUAAACAUAACAUGCUUACCAUAGAAUGCUGAGUGCCAACAACGUUUUGUGAGUGCUGGAGUUGAAAAAUUAGCAUUUUGUAAUCAUCACAGUGAAGACCGAAUCAGGCAGAAGUCACCCUCUGAUGUAAAAUCUUGGGGAAAAUUUGACAAGGAGCCUGUUUAUGUGGCUGUAAAGCAUCUCCUACAGAUUGCUUAUGAGUUGUGUAUCAGGUUCCUAUUGUAGCUCGAGCAAGUUAACAGCAAACUUCCUUCCUUUAAAAGGACACAAAAUUUAUCAUCUUACAGUUCUGGAGAUCAGAAGUCUGAAACUAGUCUUUUUUUUUUUUUAAGAUUUUAUUUAUUUAUUUCGACAGAGAGAGACACAGCGAGAGAAGAAACACAAGCAGGGGGAGUGGGAGAGGGAGAAGCAGGCUCCCCACUGAGCAGGGAGCCCGAUGUGAGGCUCGAUCCCAGGACUCUGGGAUCAGGACCUGAGCCGAAGGCAGAUGCUUAACGACUGAGCCACCCAGGUGCCUGUCUCAAACUAGUCGUAACAGGGCUCAAAUCAAGGUGUGGGCAGGGCUGGUUGCAUCUGGAAAGUUGAGGGGAGAAUCCAUUUUCCUGCCUUAUCUAGCUUCUAGAGGCCAUCUGCAUGCUUUGGCUUCUGGUCUCUUCCUCCAGUUUCAGAGCCAGCUCUGUAGUAUCCUCUGCUACUGUCUUCACGUUGUCUUCUCUUUCUGACUUGUCUGUGUCCCUGUGGUAAGGCCCCUUUGGGAUUACAUAAUAAUCCCCAGUAAUCCACCGUCUCCCCAAUUCAAGAUCUUCCCACAGCCACAAAGUUCCUUUUGCGAUAUAAGGAAACAUUCACAUAAAGUAACGGACAAGGUUCUGGGAUUUGGAUGUAGACAUCCAGAGGGGGCCCUUCUUCAGCCUCCCACUUACUGCUAGAGAAAACAACUUGAUAAUGGCAAAAUUGAACAACACCUUGCCCAGGUGAUCAAAAUCACCAACAAGGGGCAGGUGGACAUACGAGCGUCCAGUACUCUGUGAAGGGCCCAUCACCACCUGUGCAGUCCUGUGGCUGGCUAAGAAUGCAUAUCUGAAUCUGAUCACGGGGAAGCAUUAGACCCAAAAGGAGAAUAUUCUGUUUUAAAAAGGCCUGUGUUCUUUAAAAGUAUUAAUGUCAAAAGACACAAAAGGCUGAAAAGGUUUCCAGAUUAAAGGAGGCUAAAGAGAUGUGGCAACAAAAUGUGACACCUGGCCCUACCCUGGGUCCCAUAUUGGAGGAAAGAUGCUUAAAGGGGAUUAUUGCAUCAGUUGACAAACUGGAAUAUGAACGGUAGUUUCGAUACAAGUAUUGUAUUGGUAUUAAAUUUACUCAAGUCCUUAUUGCAACCUUUCUCUAAGUUUAAAAUUCUUUCCAAGUAAAACAUUAAACAUUAAGAAAAAAAAUAGGGAUGCCUGGUUGGCUCUGUUGGUGGACAGUGCAACUCUUGAUCUCGGGGUUCUAAAUUCGAGCCUCAUGUUGGGUGUAGAGAUUGCUUAAAGUAAAAUGAUUUUUUUUUUUUUAAGUAGGCUCCACACUCAGCGUGAGUCCAAUGCAGGGCUUGAACUCAUGAUCCUGAGAUCAAGACGUGAGCUGAGACCAAGAGUCAGACUCAACUGACUGAGCCAUCCAGGCGCCCCUUAAAUAAAAUCUUAAAAAAAAUUAAGAAAGGGGUGCUCCUGGCACAAUUGGUCUCCUGUCUGCCUGAUGGACACGAUAGCAAGGUUUUUGGACACAGAACCAAAAACCUAAGAGGAAUAAGGCUCAAGGGACGAAAUAAGUAUGUGCCGCUUUUAAGAUAUAGUACAGGAUGCGAUGUUCUUGAGGCAGAAGUUCUAACGGCUACACUGGUUUUGAGGCUUUCUGACUCCCUACACAGUAUCUGCCAGGGUCCCCGCCAGAGACCAUGAAGGCUGAGCCAGCAAGAGGAAGAGGAUCGUGUGGCAGUUGGCUCUCCAUCCACUUGCGGAUUCUUGUGGGUCCUGCUGGCUUAGAGGGUAAAGGUCUCGGGCAGAGAUCUCGCUUCAAAGACACCACUGUUUCUUUGCUGUGAGAUGCUUGUUCCUGAGCUUCUGCUAAGAUGCUGCAGGGCAUGAAGAGGCUGGUUUUCUUUCCCUAGGUCUGUGGCAGAGGAGAGGAAUGGAGAGAGGGAGAGCGAGCCUGAAACCUCCUCUUUACUGAAGGCAAAGAGCCCCACAUUAUACUAUUUUAGGUUUACAAAUAGGACCACAGUAAAAAACUAUUUAAUUAGUUCUACAGGAAAACUGGCUGAGGACUUUAAAAGGUUCAGGUGGAACAGUAGUUGUCCUGCUAUUCAGAAACAGGAAUAGAAAAAAGAGGGCAGUGCUUCUCAAACUUGAGUGCGCAGAAGGAUUACCUGAUUGUAUUUUCUUAAAAAACAGUCUGAUCAGUAGGUCUGGGGCCGGGCCCCGGAGUCUGCAUGUCUCACAGUCCAGUCGGCGGACGUCAGUGCUGCCUGGGUGCGGACCACGCUCGGAGUAGUUCUCAGCGAGAGUGCUGUAAGUGGAAAGAAAGAUGGGGGGCCCUGUAGGAAAAUGCAGAAAGCUCUUGCGUGGCCCACUGCUGAAUCCAAAUGUUUUGAAUAUCAACUUACUGUGACAGGUAGCCUCAAAAGUAAUAGUUGUUGCUGCCGUAAUUGCUCAAGUGAGUUUGUUUGAUUUCCAAGGGUUAGAAAUGUUCUCGUGGAUUUUGUUAAAACGGCAAUUGGAUCGGGGCGCCUGGGUGGCUCAGUGGGUUAAGCGUCUGCCUUCGGCUCAGGUCAUGAUCCCAGGGUCCCGGGAUCGAGCCCCGCAUUGGGCUCCCUGCUCAGCGGGAAGCCUGCUUCUCCCUCUCCCACUUCCCUUGCUUGUGUUCCCUCUCUCGCUGUGUCUCUGUCAAAUAAAUAAAUAAAAUCUUAAAAAAAAAGGCAAUUGGAUAAACCAUUAAUUUGGGGCUUGAUUUUAAGCUCCCAGUACUCCCCAAACCAAAAGGCAUUUACACCCCCAGCAUUUGAAAAAUUGGCAGCGGCUGGAGGCCAAUUAGUGGAGACCUUGAGGCAAGGAACAGUGUCGAAAUUUUCGAGUUGUCCUCACAAUUCUGAAAGGAUAUGGAGAACCCCCGUUCAGGGUGCGGACAUUGCCCCGACAGCUAGAAGGUUCUCAACACAAGGAUAAGGGAUUAUACUUCUUAUUCAACUAAACAUGUAACUUACUGAAGCCUGGAUUGUGCUUUGAUUUCAUGGGUUUAGGUUAAGUUUAUUUCUGUGGAGAGUAAAACCCAGAACAAAUUUCAAUUCGAGGUUGGGUCUUUUGCAGGUUUAUUCAAAAUGCGAAGAAUAAUAAGGGGAAGGAUUAGAGGUUACAUACCAGAGCUUUCAGCAGCACUUAUUGGCCGCUUUGGCCACCGCAGCCUCUGUGUAGGGGGUCUCGGAAGACAAUGUUUGGGGGCUCUUCAGGGCAUUGUGUAGAGGAAGAAAACCUGUGGGCAGCCUCUUAAGGAGCAAAGAACAAUAAAGAAAGCACAGGUUUUCACUAGGGGAUGGGUAGGGAUGGAGGUGAUUUAUACAAGUGGUUUUUAAAACCCCAAUCGUUUAGAAGAAGACAGCAAAACCCAAUUAUUUAUCCCAACUACAGCUCUACAAAAAGGUGAAUAACUCUUGGGCGCCUGGAUGAGCCUUUUUAAGCGUCUGACUCUUGGAUUCGGCUCAGGUCGUGAUCUCAAGAUCAUGAGAUCGAACCUCAUGUCGGGCGCCGCGCUCAGCACAGUCUGCUUGAGAUUCUCUCAAACAAAAUCUUAAAAAAAAAAAAAAUCAACUCUUAGAUUUGCCUUAACCAAAGGCCAUCAGCCCUUCCAGUCUUAUUUCUCCCCCACCAGAAGGACAUCUGGGCUGCUGCUGUGGUCGAAUCGUGUCCUCCACAAAAGCUGUUGAAGUCCCAACCCCCCAGUACCUGUGAACAUGAUCUUGUCUGGAAAUCGGGUCCUUGCAGGUGGUCAAGUUAAGAUGAGGUCAUUAGGGUGGGUCCUCACCUGAUAUGACUAAUAUCCUUAUAAAGGGAGAUUUGGACCCAGAAACGUACAUUGUGGGGACAGGAGAACAUUAUUCUACAAGCCAAGGAACGCCUCAGGAGAAAGGCAUGAAACUGAUUCUUUCUCACAGCCCUCAGAAGGAACCAACCCUGUUGACACCUCGAUUUCAGAGGUUUAGCCUCCAGACCUGUGAGACAAUAAAUUUGUUGUUUAAGCCACCCAGCUUGUGGUACUUUGUUACAUUCAUCCCUGGAAAUGAAUACAGGUGGUCUUCAAGAUAAUUAGAUGGCAAACAGAGGAGGCUUUAUUCUGUAUCAGUCAGCUGUUAACUGCAGUGGUACUGCCUAGGAAGCCGACUUCCAAUUUCAACAGUUUAUAGUAGCAAGUGUUGAUUUCUCUCUCCCCCACCUGUGCGUUAGCUGGGGUUCAGCUGAUCCAGGCUGGGCUCUGCUGAGCUUUUCUCCAAGCUGUAUUUUGGGUCUAGGUCUGCUCCACACGCCUCUCAUCCUCCUUGGACCAGUGGUUACCUGAGACAUGGUCUCAUGGCGGAAGACAGGAGGGCAAGCACAAUGACGGGGCACAUCUCUAGCCUCUGUUUCAGGUCUGUCUCUGUCCAGUUGGUCAAAGCACAUUGCAUUGCCAAGCCCAAGGCUGAGAGGCGAGGAAGUAUGUCUUUUUCAGGGAUAGUAGCACAGACUGUCCAUCUUAACUGACAAAUAUGUGAAGACUGAAUCUUAAAACCCUGUAUUGCAUUUUGAGUGAAGCAGUCAACAGAUGACCUCUUAGUAGCGAAGAGAUGGUAAAAUCUUGAAGGAAAAAAGCAAAGUGCUGACAGGUGCCUCAUAAGGUAAAAUAGUACUGUGAAUUGUAAAGAUAUACUACUUGGCUAUGAGAUGCCAAAGUCAGUGGCUCCCUGGAAGGAACAUCAUUCAGGAAACUUAGGAAAGGUGCCAUUUGGCAAACAUAUUGGUAAUUAGGGAGCCUGAAACACAAGACUGAAUUGUUGCACAUGGAAGUCAAGUCAGCAUUGUUACUUCACUCCUUGCUUUUAGUAGCAGGAUCAAGACCUGGCUUGAGAAACCAUUAUAAAUUUCCAGAACUAGAAGUCAAUAGUGCUUCAGACAUACUUAGUGAUGUUACAGUUUACUCCUCACAUUCACGACAAGCAGUGCUGACUCCUGCAAAUACGAUUUACUCAUGGGGUGCAGAAUGUGAAGGUGAUUUUGAGCAGAGGCUCUGGGCCCAGACUACUGGCUUAAAAUCCUGGCCCUGCCACUUCCUGGCUCUGGGAUGUUGGCCGUCUUUUGGGCAUCUGUAAAAUAGGAAUAAUCAUGGCAACUCCGUCUCCGUCCAUUCGAGAUGCAGAAGAGAAUACCAUAGACUGGGUGGCUUAUAAACAAGUUUAUUUCUCAAAGUUCUGAAGGCUGGGAAGUCCAAGAUCAAGGUGCUGGCAGAUUCAAUGUCUGGUGAAAGCCAGCUUCCUGGUUCAUAGAUGGCUCUCUUCUCUCUGUGUCCAUGGAGUGGGAGGGUCAAGGAGCUCUCUGUGGUCUCUUUUAUAAGGGUACCAAUCCUGUUCAUGAGGGCUGCACCUUUAUGACCUAGUCACCUCCCCAGGGCACCCUCUCCUAAUACUAUCACUUUGGGGGUUAGGAUUUCAACAUAGGAAUGUAGAGGGACACAAACAUUCAAUCCAUAGCAACUUUCUUCUGGGUCGUUGUGAGGCUUAGAUUGGUGCAUGGCACAGAGUAAGGGCUCAAAUGUUAGCUUUUUAUUAUUUACCAGCAAGAAUCAAGUUUCAAAAAAUGAGUUAUGCAAGGUCAUAAUUUAUACCACUGCGGCCAAACUCAAGUUUUUUGGGCCACUGCUGCCUUUACAAGAAAUCGUGUGAUAGAAUCUUAAGGAAUUCUAACUGCCAUGCCCUCUUCAGACUUUAUACUCACCAAGAACAAUUAUUCAGAUUUGGUUUUACUUAAUUUUUAAAAACCAGUAAUUCUCCCAAAUGCUCAAUUUUUUUCUCUCCCAAUUUCUCCACACAUCUUCAAGGUAACUGGCUAUAUUAAAUGAUAAUUAAGUGAGGGCAGUACGGAGGUUGUGUAUUUUUUUUUUUUUUUAAGAUUUUAUUUAUUUAUUUGAGAGAGAGAAUGAGAUAGCAUGAGGGGGGAAGGUCAGAGGGAGAAGCAGACUCCCUGCUGACAGCAGAGAGCCCGAUGCGGGACUCGAUCCCGGGACUCCAGGAUCAUGACCUGAGCUGAAGGCAGUCACUUAACCAACUGAGCCACCAGGCGCCCCAGGAGGUUGUGUAUUUUUGAUGUGUCCUAGAGAGACUCAUUUAAGGCAGGUUUGGGUGAUCUCUUUGUUAAAAUCGGUUAAGUUUAGAUAUAUAUUAUAUAAGCUCCUGGAGAGUAAGAACCAUGUGCUAAGGAGCUUGACAUCCCCAGAGUUGAGCAGGCACACAGUACCCAAUAAAGAGAAUGAAAAUAUAAAUGAUCAAAGGAGAUUCUAUGGAAUGUAAAUCAUCAAAAAGUUAGUGUAUCUGAUAGUUUGGGUAUGAAAGACCCAGUAACCUACAAAAGCCUUAGCAAGUGAUUCAACUGAACAGUAAGAAUAGUGACUAGUUUAUGUUUCAACUUGGCACUGACAUAAAGAAAUUAACAACCAAAAACCUGAGAUGACCAGCUUUCUCUUUCAUGGACCAAAUGCACUUAACCUGGCUGAAAUCCACAGGCCAUCAAAAUUUGGAAGACUAACGGCAACAUCCUCAUGGAAGAAUCAGAAUGCUACAUUAACGUUACUAGGAAAAAGCAAUGGGGAAGUUGGAAAAUAACAUUAUUGUGGGUUUCUGUUAUGCGCCAAAGAGCUCCUUUAAAAACAUCACCCUUUUAAAACAACACUGCAUGUGAAGGGCUAAUAAAAUCAUCAAAAGUUAGAAAGGUACUUGGCAACAUUUGUCAGGUGACCUACACCUCUUCUUUAAUUAUCUGCUACCCCCUACUGCUUGGCUCCCGGCCUUUAAAUUUACAAUUCUUUUAGAAAUAGCACCUCGUGGUAGACUCAUUUAAAAACAAACCACUCUUCCAGGACCUUCUCACAGGUUUGCUUCUUCAGGCUUCAACUUUAUUAGAUGUUGUUAAAUUGCUUUCCACAGUGGAAAUUUACACAAAGUACCAAUUUAUACACUUACGAUCAGGACAUCAGAGUUGAGGUUCCUCCAUUGCCAACACCUGGUAUUGUUAGAAUUAAAAAUUUUUGCCGGUCCGGAGGUGUGAAUGGUAAUGGUUUAAGUUUUUAUUUACCUGAUUACUUACUAAUGAGAUCGGGCACAUUUUUAUAAGUUAAUUGGCUAGCCAGUGUUCCUCUUUGGAAAAAUGCAUGUCUUCUGUCCAUUUGGCUAUUGGGCUUUUAUUUUCUUGUUGAUCUGUUGUGUUUAUAUCUUCAGGAUAAUAAUCCUGUGUUGCUUGUAUGGUUACGAGUAUCUACUCCCAGUCUGCCCUUGUGAAAUCUUUUUAAGCUGCACUUUGUUUUUUAAUUACAUUUUGUAAUCACCAGGAGACCAGCUUUGGCCAUGCUUUAUCUUUUCAUUUAUUCAUGGCAUUUUUUGAUGCACAUGAGUUUUUUAUUGUAGUCAUAUUUGUCAGUCUGUUUCCUUUAUGGUUUGUGUUUAUUGGUCUUGUUUUAGAAACUUUUCCCUAGCCUGAUCUUAUAUAUAUAUAUAUAUUUUUCCCCUCCCCCAGUGUUUUAAACUUUUGCUUUUCAUACUUAAUUCUUUCAUUUAUCUAGCAUCCUUUUUUCUUUUUUUUUUUUUGGUAGGAUAUGAGGAAGGGUCUUUUGGGGAUUUUUGUUUUGGUUUUGGUAUGCUAGGAGUUGUGUGAGGUUGUUUUGUUCCAUUGUGAUCACCACUUGUCCCAAUACCCUUGAUUAAAUUGUCCAUUCAUUUGUCGGUGAUUUGAAAUGCCUUUGUUGUCCUACAUUAAGUUAUUCAUUUAUUCAUGGGCCUGUUUCUGAGUACAGCAGCUUUUUUGGACUUUGAGAAAGUGAUAUUCGACGGGACUGUGCCAAAAAUGUACUUUAAAAAAGAUAUACAGAUGGCCACAGAAUGCCAAUGAAUUGUAUUUUAUUCUAGAAUAUUAAAAAAAGGGAAAGAUGUUGAUCACACUCUAGAUGAAGUUAUUUUUUCUGAUGGCCCACUAUAUAAUUUUUUAAAGAUUUAUUUAUUUUAGUGAGAAAGGCAGCGCGCGCAUGCGCGCACGUGCAUGCGCAAGUCAGGGGAAGGGCAGAGGGAGAGCAUCCCAAGCAGACUGUCUCCAAUCGCAGAGCCCACGGGACUCAAUCUCAUGACCCAUGAGAUCAUGACCUGAGCCUAAACUUAGAGUCAAACGCUUAACUGACUGAGCCACCCAGGGGUCCCCAUAAUUUAUUUUUAGGCUUUAAAUUUAAACAUUUAAAUUAACAGCUAAGUUGUGUGGGAUUACUUAUCGUAGGCUAAACAACUACAUUACAACACAUUACUGAAGAUGCUGUGCAUAAAAUAUUUUAUCAUGUGGUAGUUAUAUCUAAGUCUAUUACGUUUGUGGACAGAACAGUUCAGCAUAUGAAAUCGACCAAAAAAACCCCACAAAACUGUAUCUUGGGAGCAAUUCAAAGGCUAGUAAAUAUGUUCAGCCAGGCUCCGUGCACCACCUUAAAAAAGAAACAUUACUUACUUAGUUUUUUGGUGACCACAAAAUUGUGCUUAGGUAAGCAAUGAAAUCCACGUAGUUAUCUGUCUGUCUUCAGACUUUAUAGCUCAUCUCUUCCCAGGAGUGGUCACAGGCAGCCCACAGGGUGAAAACACAUUUAAAAGAGUAGGUAGCUGGGGGCAGAAGAAAGCUGUCAGCUGCCAUACUGUAUUGCUCACCUAUUCCAACCCCUUGCAGAAUGAUUCCCUUCUAAGCUUUUCCAGGAUCUGAUGGCUUUUUAAUGUCACCUCUAAAAAACAACCUUGUAUUAAGUGCAAUGUUGUAUAAUUACUCAAAGCAUAGUCAAACCUGGUCCCCUGAUGAUUAUAAAAUGUAAUUAAAAUGAAGUGUGUCUUAGAAAAGAUUUCGCAAGGGCGUGCCUUGUCAGUCUUGUCUUUGCCACCAAGUUCUGGGAGUUCUCUGUCAGCCUCUAUCCAGUGGGAUUUGAAUGGAAUCACCCAGGAUCUUACAUCUAGACUUUCUAAGUCUUAGAUUCGAAACCUUGUGCUAGUAGGCACACUGGCUUAAUCCGCUUCCACAGGGAACUGAGGCAGACAUUCUUUAUGCCAGGACUACCUGUCAGUACUGCAUAGUUCGUGAGGGCAAAAAGAUAACACUGUGGGUACUUGUGUGAGUCGGGCCCUGGUGGGGAUACCGAACAUACCAAGAUGACCAAGGCCCUCAGAAACAUCCCCCAAUCUAUAUGGGGAGACUAACUCACAGACGUAAAAUAGCAGGCUGGUGUCUCAUGAUCCUGCAUGGUGUGCCCCGAGGACAUUUGAAACAGUGCAGGUAACAAUCUAAAACAGCCAAAAAUGGACGGAGGAAGGAGGGAGGGACUGUUUUUCAGUACUCGAACGGAAACGCUGAUGGUUAGGUGGAACAUACAGUGAAGGGAUAGCUGUGUAUUUUCCAGGUUUCUUUCUUUUUUUUUUUCCUUUUUUUAUUCAUCAUCAUUUCAGAUAGAAAUGUUUAAGGGAAACCAGGGAAGGGCUGCCAGGAACAUAGCAAUUUGGUUUUCCAAGAUCAUUAUAUUUAGUACUUUAAUGUCUAGCUUUUGAGGUGGGGGUGAGGGGUGUUGAAUUUAAGAAAAAGUAAACGGUUGUUCUUAAUUAUACCAUACUAUGGGACUUGCUGUGCUAACUUCAAACAAAAAUAAUCCAGCCUUUUCCCCAUUUCAGAAACAUCAGUGAUUAAACAGAAUCAAUUGUCUGAGUGGUUAUGAUUGGGGGUUACUACAGGUAAAUAAUGCUAAGCCUUUAAGAUGAGCAGUAAACUGCAAAUGGAACUCGUGGCUAAUAAUAUCAGUGAGGCAGUCUGUUGUGUAAUGUGGUAUUUAUCACCUCCUUAGGAAGACAAAUGAUCUUUCCUGUUUGUGUAAUGUAUUACAUUUUUUUGAAAUUCAUAUAUCACCUGAUGAAUUUUGUAUAAUAUGAACACAAUGAAAUGUUCCUGGAAUUGGACAUGUUGAAAAACAUUGUCUCCUUCAACAAACGAACUUGCAUAAAUUACUUCAUUUAAGAAUGCCUAACUGAGGUCUUUUCCUUUUUGCUUAAGCUGUCAAGGCCCGCACUUGCAGUAGGUAGCUCAUCUCCAACACCUAUAUUUCUCUUUAAAAAAAAAAUUCUUGUAGUUUAAAUCUAUUUGGGUAGGUUGGAUGUGAAAGGAUGUAAAUGGUAAGCUGCGUGAUAAGGUCUACAGCUUAGCCCUUAGAACUGGGCAAGAGGAGCCCUGCCCUGGGUCCUGGUUUCAAAGGGCCUUUUGCUCAGCCUCUCCGAACAGUUGUGCCCCUCGCCACUGGGUGGGUGGUCUGCAGCACUGAGGGGAUGUGUGCCCGCAUCCCCUUCUGGAACACAGUUUGUAUCCCUAAGACUUGAAAUUUCCAGCCCAAGCUGCUCAGAGCACUUCCAGGGCCCACAGGGGCCUCUUUCUCUGUUUAUUGCCCCAUUGUCCUGAUGGAAGACUCUGCCCGGGCUCUGGUGGGUGAUCAAGGUGCUGCUGCUGGUGGGGGUGUGAGUAAAGAGAAGGGGGUGGCUGAGGGCUCUGGCGUGCCAACAUGUUUUUGCAUGGAACUUCACAGAGUCUGAGCAUUCUGAAUGGGAACCUGGCCUUUCAGGUGGCUGAGAUAUUUACAAGUUAGGAGAAUAGAAUGUAUUUAACAGUUUGUAGCCUGAUUUAUAGUUUUAAAUGGUAUAUGAAUGGACCUGCAUUUGUACUCUGAUCUCAGAUCCUGCAGUGUAGGUAUGAGCCUGGGGAACUGUGUAAAAUAUGUCUAAAAAUAUGGACAGCGAGUUCUCAUUAAGCUAUGUUUGGAAGAAUAAUGGCAAAUAUUAUAUUGUGUCAAACAAGCUCUUUUUAUUAUUUUUUUAUAAAGAUUUCUCUAUUUUAGGCAGAGAGAGAGAGUGAGUGCACGCAUCAAUGGGGAGAGGGGCAGAGCAAGAGGGAGAGAGAAUCCCAAGCAGACUCCCCAUUGAGUGUGGAGCCCAACGUGAGGCUCGAUCUCACGACCCUGAGAUCACGACCUGAACCAAAAUCAAGAGUCGGACACUUAACCGACUGAAUUACCCAGGUGCCCCGAACAAGCUCUCUUUGGAAUCAAAAACUUUCAAAACUUUAUGAAACUGAAAAUAACCAGUUGAAAUUUGAAAAUCUUAUCUUCGUUCCCUUUCCCCAUUUGUAGGAGAUGCCGUAGGUAAUGGGCAUCCAUCCUUUCUUUUUCUUUUCCACCGAGUAUUCUAUUGGCAGAAAGUUCUACGGAACAAGAAUAGAACAGGUGUUCAUUUGAUAAAAACCAGGUUCAGUGCACCCAGAGAACACUUGACAUUAAAGAAUCCAAUGGUGAGUUGUUAUGGCGGAGGAGACAUGAACAAGAAAUGAUUUCCCUCUUGUCCUUGAUGUCUAGUAACUUCAGAGAAGAGGUCCAUUACUGCCACUCUAUUUCUUUCUUUUCAUCCCAACUGCAAAAUCACAUUCCGAACCUAGCCUUUGCAGGCUGCCUUCUGUCAUCUCUUUGAGAUUCCAGGUGCAUUCAUCCUGCAAUGUAUAUAUGCUGCCGAAGCGAGCACCAUCCUGCAACGUUAAGUGCCUUCUCGGUAAGGUCCCAGGGUUGUAAAGAUGUCGAGAUCAUGAGGAAGCCCUCAAGUGGCUCAAAGACAGGAGUAUGUUGAUACUUGGCUAUUCUUACUGCCAAUAGGAAUACAACCAGCUAGGAUUGGAGGAUGACCAGGGUCUGUGGUGAAGAGCAAGAGAAAGGACCAGAGAAGAGGGCACAUUGUGGUUUUAUUUUUUUUAAAGAUUAUUUAUUUAUUUAUUUAUUUAUUUAUUUAUUUAUUAGAGAGCGAGCGAGAGAGAAACAGCAUGAGAGGUGAGAGGGUCAGAAGGAGAAGCAGGCUCCCCGCUGAGCAGGGAGCCCGAUGUGGGACUCGAUCCCAGCACUCCGGGAUCAUGACCUGAGCCGAAGGCAGUUGCUUAACCGACUGAGCCACCCAGGCGCCCCACACUGUGGUUUUAAGUUGCAUUUCCUUCGUGACUAAUGAAGUUGAGCUGCUUUUCCAAUGUUUAUUGGUCACUCGGAUAACCUCUUUUUGAAGUGUCUCUUCAAAUCAUUGGUCCACUUUUUCUAUCGGGCGAUCUGUCUUUUCUCAUUGCUUUGUACACAUUCUGUAUAUAUUCCAGAUAAGAAGGACAGGCACCCCUUCGACCUACCUUAGAGGCAAAGAGAAAACCAUCGCAAUGCCUUUGGCAGAGUUCAUCUGUGUGUCUUGUGUUGGGGAAGAGUAGGAGUUGGUGUGACUUUAAGAUCAUGGAUGAGGAAGGGAGCCAGGCUGAUGUUCGGCUGGUAAGCAACCAUAUGGCUAAGCUGAUUCUUAAAAUACUGAAAUAAUUCUCUGCCUCUGGGAAAGUAGGUGCUGCCCUGAGCCCGCAUUGCCUUCCCUUUCUUCCCUUCCUCUCCUCUAUCCUCUCCUGUGCUCCCCUUCCUGUUCCUUUCUUUUCCGUUCCAUUCUUUCUCCCUCUUUCCUCCCUCCUCCGGUAGAUCUUCAUUGAAUACUUCCCAUAGGCAUAGACACAGCUCUGAAUAAGAAUUAAAAAAAUAAUAAUAAGCAAACACUAAGAGCCAUCUACAGGUAUAUCUAUGCAUGACAAAACAUGAAAUCUUAAGAAGCACAAUAAUAAUGAUGCCUAGCAUUUCUUCAGACACCAUUUUAAGCACUUCGUCUUAUAAUAACUCCGUAAGAUGAAGAUUAUUGUUAUCCCCAUUUGUCGGAUGACAAAACCGAGACCCUGAGAGAUGAGGCAGUUUUCUCCUGGUCACUUAGUAAGUAAGUGGCAGUGACUGCUAGGAAGCCAGCCCAGGAAGUUCAGUCACGGGCACCAUGCCCUUAAGCGCUGUGCCGGCCAGCAGUGUGGACCGUGCAUCAACCUGAAUGGCCACUUCCAGCUACAGAAGGACAGGGAAGGGGCCUGUCGCUGUCAGUGUUCAGCUGGGAAAGCAGAAACCGCUCUACCUAUCCUAAAGACAGUGUAUUUAAUGCGGAGAAUUGGUUCUAAAGGUACUGGAACCAAUCGGCAGAAGGAGUAAAGGGGGGACGAUGGUGCUCAGAGUUCCGUAACUUCCGGAAGCUGCUACUGCUACCAAAGGAUGAAAGGUAUUGACCCUGAGUCCGCCCAAACACUGCCCCCCUGCAGCUGCUGCUGACUGGGACUCCAGGAGCCACGGUCCCGCAGAAGCUUCUGGAGUCUGUGAGCACCAGCAGCCGUAUGCGUCUGCUGCUGUCACCUCCACCCCCACUCUUGUAGGAGCCCACCGUCGCCUGCUGGAGCCACGGGUAGAACCAGGAGCAGCAAACAGAAAACCAAAGCAGACUUGUACGUGCCUUCUGCCCAUGCAUGCCUCCCACUGACAGAAUCCAGAACUCGGCUGGCAAGGGAGCCUGGAAAACGUAGUUUGUGGGCUUGACACUGAACAUGCUAGAAGGUCAGAGUGAGGCUGAGACUCAAAAAGCAUAUCCUCCGUGCUCAGUAUUGCGCAAGGAGAUGUGGGUACAGGGAAGAAAAAAGCUUGUUUUGUUGACUCUAAGAUACAGUUGAUGGUAAGAUGUACCACAAUACUAUGUACCAUUAAGAAAGACAUGCUAUCAAAUUAAGAGAUACCCCCUACUUCUAGAGAUGUUAAACCUUGAAAAAAAGUCCCUCUUAAAACUGAUGCAAUAUGGUAAAUGCCUGCCCUCAACUUGCCUGUAGUCUAACGGGCUGGAUUCUUAUACAGAUCAUUGUGACAAAAUCUAAGUGAUAAGACAGGUCACCCCAUGACCUUGAUAAGAAGAGGGCUUUAGGAUGCUUUCUAAAGGAGUCUGAACUGACUCUCAAAAGAUGAAUCUGAAUUUCCAAGGAAAUGGUUUUCCGGGCAAAAGAAUGUUUUCUUCUGAGGGCAAAAAGCCUGGGUGAAGUUCCGUGUGUCUGGGAACUUGAAGAGGGUUCAGAAUGACUGGUGUGUAGCGUGUAAAUUGAAGGGCCAACCAAAGUGAGCCCGGAGGAUUGCAGGGGUUCAGUCACAUAGGACGUCCUUGGGAUGCAUUUUGACAUUUCCCCCAAAGCUGAAGCAACUCUUGAAGGAUUUUCAGCACCACCGUAAGUCCAUUUGAAAUUUGACUCAGGAUGGCAAUUCCGUGGGCGCAUGGCGGUGUGGCCGGAGCUGUUGUUAACUACUGAAAUACCUGCUUCCUUCCAGGGGCUGACUACUGCCCCAGCCCUCCUCGUGGCCUCACCAACCCGGCCCCUCACCUGGGACCCUCCAGAUCCAGCAGCUAACAAGUAGCGCCUGUGGGGAGCAUCUAGCCAAGCACUCCAUGGUGCUGCAGCCUCGAUGUCUGUAUUGUUUGGCCAGGCCACCUGAGGAGACCUGAAACGGACCCUCGGCCCUCAUGCAAGUGCAUGCCCUGGGUGACAGUGUGCAGAGUCACAAGCAAGUGUAAGUCCCUCCUAGGAUUUCCCCAGCAGCCCUUACGAGCAAGGAACGCUCUCCCUCACCUCCCAGGCUGCCCCUCAGAUAAGAGCUCCAUGGAGCUUACCACAACUCUGCUGUUUUGGGUUUGAAGUGACCAACUUGGCCUGGGAACCCCAAAGCACUCUACCCCUGGGACAUAACGAAGGCACAUGCCUAGGUCCUGCCUCUUGCUCUGUGAACUCGGCCUUGACCUCCCCAUGUCGUCCAUUGAGGCACGCUGUGCACAUCCUCCAGGACCUGGAAGUAGGAACCACUUCACAAAUGUUAUUUUAGCCAAGUCAUAGCAGCCUGGAGCUUUAAUUAUUUAAAUAUUGUUCAAUAUUUUGAAUGUCAUCCCUGGGUUCUCUGUAUAAGUUUAACGUUUAGGUUUGUUAGUUCUUCGG